AGUGUUGACGCGUAAACCAGGAACUCUUAAUGGAAGAAGUGGUAUGUUGGCAUUCCAGCGAAAUUUGGAUCAAAGUACAAUAAAACUGUCAAGUCUGUCGUCCUUGCGUGUCCACAUACAGCAACCAGGCAUUUGGUAAUGCAGAGACACCUCUACUAAGCGACAUAUUCUCUCGAUAAACAAGAACAGUGCUGAGGAAGGAGAAUGGGGAAGAAGGAUGCCAGUGCGACCAGAUUACCAGUUGAUCAGUACCGAAAACAGAUCGGUAAGCAGGACUGCAAAAAGACAAAGUCGGUCUUAAAGGCCACACGGCUGAAAGCUGAAGCAAAGAAGACUUCCUCUGGAUUCAGGGAUGCAUUCCUGGUCAUCGCAGCAAUCCUGUUCUUUGUCCUCUGUGUCUACGCCUUCUUCUACCUCAACCUGAGCACUGAGAUUAACCUGGAUGUGGAUGUGGAUUAAUAAGAGGUGGCCAGAGUGCUGACAACUUUCUUGUCUUUCUGAUGAGAGGGGGAUGAAGAAUGAACACAUACAGUCAAAUUACUGUCCUAAUGGCCACAGUGGUGAUUUAAUGUCCUGUUUAAUUUGGGAUUGGUUGAUGCAGUCUGUCAGCCUUUUUAUACACCUUUGGUGACACAGUGACAAUGAACUGCCUCUUCUGGAGAAAUGACACAAUGCAUCAAAUAACUUAAGUUUCAGGCCACUUUUGAAAUUUGCAUAGUUUUGUAUCUAGACACUUAAUUUCUUCUUUCCCUUUAUUUUCUGCAUGGGAACACGCAAUGGAAUUGUAAUCAUUAUUAUACUGACAUUAUUUAUACUAUGGUUCUACAUCCAUUAAUGUUAGUUUCUUCUUUUUUUUCCUGAGCCUAGAUCUGAGAGAGUAGCUUUGAUUUUCCUUUCCCUCAGGUCAGUGACCUCUUGUAUAACAUUUUGUUGCAAAAUCUACAUUCAGCAAAGGAAAUGAGCCUCUUUUUACACAAGUCUUCCAAACUACAGUCGAGAGCAAGCUCUGUUAAUCAUAUUCUGCGGAGUCACGUCCCACUAAUAGAAAAAUGUAAAUCUCCUGCUGAACCUCUCGUCACAUGGAGACAAACACUUGCCUCAGAUUCGAGUGCACAAACCGCUCCUCCCGGAUAUCUGGAGAUCACAAAGUGUGAGAUUAGAAUCCACAAAGCCCUCGUUCUGAUGGAACAUGUGUGCAGAAUACAGAACAACACGCUGUACCUGCCGCACAUACAUGCAGCACGGAGACAGACAUCCACAGGAUUAGCAUUACAAAUAUGAUCCUGUUCUUUCAUUUGAAUGGAAAUUACAGAGAUGAACGAUGACUGAAUAGAGGUGAGCCCAUAUGUUUCUCACAAGGAACACCUUGAUAAUUUUCCUUCUUGUCAGAUGUAUGUAUUGUUGUCUGUCUCUAUAGAACAGAAUAUGAAGGUUUGUCUAAGCCUCGUUAUCCCACUGAUCUCAGUUAACUCUUUGUGCACUAGUACUUGGUGCAAGGACUGACCUUCCAUUAACCAUUUCAGUCCACUUUUUGAGAGAUUCUUUCUUUGUUAGCAAAGGAGUACAGUCAGGGGCUUUUUGUUUUUGUUUGUAAUUGCACAAUCUUUCAUAUUAUCACUUUCUAUUCCAUGUUUUUCUCAGCCUAACUAGCAAUAGCAAUACUGUUGUCUAAAAGGCACUUGAUGUAUUGUUUUGGAUGUGACUCUUUUAUAUUAGUACAAUGCAUAAAAGGCCAAUACCAAAUACACAAAAGGCCUUGUGACGUCCUAACAUUCAUUCAUUCCUAACAUGUUUUUUUUUUUUCUCCACUGGGUCGCUUGGUGUGUGUUGGCUGACAUGAUUCUCGAAAUGUGAGACAGAUUUUGAGGUUUUCUCCCAUGACCUCCUGACCUCUAGUAAAAGACUACAUGUCCAAGAAACCAUUAUGAUAAACAUGCACCCAUACCCUCACCCAGUGGCUUUUAUCUGACCCUGCUCCACCACUGUGAGUCACUCACAUGGCUAACAAUAGAUAACCCGACCUAAUAGACCUUCAAACAUGACUCCUGUUAUCUAAAAGGUCACCAUUACCAACUACUGACAUUAGCACAAUGAAAAGGAUCUGGCAGCACAACCUAUUUAUUUAGACCCUUGUUUGGUAAGAUGAGAUGCAAGAUAUUUUUCACAAUAGAGUAAUGGUUAGUGCUAUUAUUGAGUUUGUGUGGUAUAUAAACAUUUUACGGUUUGCUUUGUCAUUAUUAUUCGGUUACGGCAUACUGCGUGAUAUAUUAUGAAUUCUUUUUCUGUAUUUCUUUUGUUAAAUUGCUUAAAUCAAACUAUCUUCUUGUUGUAAGGAUAUAUAAAUAAUGCAUAAUGUAAAAGAAAAUUAAAGGACUUUUUCAGUUUUCAAUAAA